AUGAAGGAAAAUGUGCAGCAAAUGGGAAAGGCUAGGGGAAAGGAAGAUUUGCAGUAUUUCGUAGCGCAGUAUUCGAAUUCGUCUGAUCUUACUGCAACAGAGAACCAAUGCAACGUCGUUUGGAAAUCAACAUUCAACUUUUUGCAAGUGCCCAGAAGUGAACUAAGUAGCGAAAGUGAAGGAAGUAUGGAAGCAUUCAGCAUUCAUCGAGAUAGUUUGGCUGCGAUUCAAAUAUUAUCACGCAACAAAAAGCAAUUAAAUGAAACGAUAACCGUUGAUCAAUUCGAUACACUGCUAAAUAUUGCCAACAUUGGACGCACCAAUAAAGAAGACAUCAACCAAGACAUCAACGAUUCGGCCAUUGUCGUUGAAGCACUCAAAUGCUUAUACAAUUUGGUAUACGAAAGCAAUAACUGCCGAAUUAUAUGCUUGAAAAGUGAGGCUAUCAAUGGCAUCGUGCGUCGAUUAAGAACCUACAUUAGUACUAGCAUUAGUAUCUACAGGGAUAAAAAUCUUACAUGGGAUAUGCAAUAUUUCGAUAUGAAGUUGUUAUUCUUAAUAACGGCGAUAGAUCCCGAUGGGCGCACUAAGGUUCGAGAUGAUCAAAAUGGUCUGAUUUGCCUGACUAGCCUCCAGAAUAGACCCCAAGAACUGAACGAUCGCCAAGUCAAUUUAGUAAUUGAAAUUAUGAAGGUGCUAUUCAAUUUCACUUCGGUUGCUACCGAGAAAAUCGGAGAUAUUCAAUUCCGUGGAUUGGCCGUUGUAUUACAUGAUUUGUUGCUGCUUCGUGCUGCGUCAGAGGAAAAACAUAUCGAGCUAUGGUCGAACACAAUCAAUUUGCUUACAACUGUGCCAACCGCCUGCUAUUCUGAGCUUGUCAUACCGAUGCAUAUUCAUGUCGAUUCCCUUGUCAAUGGAAUCAACUGGGGACAGAAAAUCAGUGCCAUACGUUGUGAUAUCGAAAUGUUUGGUAAUACCGUAAAGCAUAAUGCUGAGACAAUUGAGGACGAUCGAAACGGAACAAUCUGA